CCAACAACUACCAAAUCUAGCCCAACUACAACCACAGCUAGCCCAACAACUACCACAUCUACCCCAACUACCACCACAGCUGCACCAACUACCACAUCUACUACAACUACCACAUCCAGCCCAACAACUACCACAUCCAGCCAAACUACAACGACAUCCAGCCCAACAACUACCACGUCUAACCCAACUACAACCACAACAAGCCCAACAACUACCACAUCCAGCCCAACUACAACCACAGCUAGCCCAACUACAACCACAUCUAGCCCAACAACUACCACAUCCAGCCCAACUACAACCACAGCUAGCCCAACAACUACCAAAUCUAGCCCAACUACAACCACAGCUAGCCCAACAACUACCACAUCCAGCCCAACUACAACCACAGCUAGCCCAACUACAACCACAGCUAGCCCAACAACUACCAAAUCUAGCCCAACUACAACCACAGCUAGCCCAACAACUACCAAAUCUACUACAACUACCACAUCUAGCCCAACAACUACCACAUCCAGCCCAACAACUACCACGUCUAACCCAACUACAACCACAACAAGCCCAACAACUACCACAUCAAGCCCAACUACAACCAUAACUAGCCCAACUGCAACCACAGUUAGCCCAACAACUACCACAUCAAGCCCAACUACAACCACAGCUAGCCCAACUACAACCACAGCUAGCCCAACUACAACCACAUCCAGCCCAACUGCAACCACAGUUAGCCCAACAACUACCACAUCAAGCCCAACUACAACCAUAACUAGCCCAACUACAACCACAGCUAGCCCAACUACAACCACAGUUAGCCCAACUACAACCACAUCCAGCCCAACUACAACCACAUCUAGCCCAACUACAACCACAUCUAGCCCAACUACAACCACAGCUAGCCCAACUACAACCACAGCUAGCCCAACUACUACCACAUCCAGCCCAACUACAACCACAUCUAGCCCAACUACAACCACAGCUAGCCCAACUACAACCACAUCCAGCCAAACUACAACCACAUCUAGCCCAACUACAACCACAUCCAGCCAAACUACAACCACAUCUAGCCCAACUACAACCACAUCUAGCCCAACUACAACCACAGCUAGCCCAACUACAACCACAUCCAGCCCAACUACAACCACAUCUAGCCCAACUACAACCACAUUCAGCCCAACUACAACCACAUCUAGCCCAACUACAACCACAUCUAGCCCAACUACAACCACAUCCAGCCCAACUACAACCACAUCCAGCCCAACUACAACCACAUCCAGCUCAACUACAACCACAUCUGGCCCAACUACAAGCCCAACUACAACCACAUCUAGCCCAACUACAACCACAGCUAGCCCAACUACAACCACAUCUAGCCCAACUACAACCACAACAAGCCCAACAACUACCACAUCCAGCCCAACUACAACCACAUCUACCCCAACUACAACCACAGCUAGCCCAACAACUACAACUUCUGGCACAACUACAACCACAUCUUCCCCAACUACAACCACAACAAGCCUAACAACUACCACAUCCAGCCCAACUACAACCACAUCUAGCCCAACUACAACCACAUCUAGCCCAACUACAACCACAGCUAGCCCAACUACAACCACAGCUAGCCCAACAACCACAACAUCUGACACAACUACAAUCACAUCUAGCCCAAGUACAACCACAGCAAGCCCAACAACCACCACAUCUAGCCCAACUACAACCACAUCCAGCCCAACUACAACCACAUUCAGCCCAACUACAACCACAUCUAGCCCAACUACAACCACAGCUAGCCCAACUACAACCACAUUCAGCCCAACUACAACCACAUCUAGCCCAACUACAACCACAUCUAGCCCAACUACAACCACAUCUAGCCCAACAACUACCACAUCUAGCCCAACUACAACCACAUCUAGCCCAACAACUACCACAUCUAGCCCAACUACAACCACAGCUAGCCCAACAACUACCACAUCUAGCCCAACUACAACCACAAAUAGCCCAACAACUACCACAUCUAGCCCAACAACUACCACAUCCAGCCCAACUACCACCACAGUUAGCCCAGCAACUACUACAUCCAGCCCAACAACUACCACAGCAAGCCCAACAACUACAACCACAGCUAGCCCAACUACAACCACAGCUAGCCCAACAACUACCACAUCUAGCCUAACUACAACCACAGCUAGCCCAACUACAACCACAUCUAGCCCAACUACAACCACAUCCAGCCCAACUACAACCACAGCUAGCCCAACUACAACCACAUCUACCCCAACUACAACCACAGCUAGCCCAACUACCACAUCUACCCAAACUACAACCACAUCUGGCCCAACUACAACCACAGCUAACCCAACUACCACAUCUACCCCAACUACAACCACAGCUAGCCCAACAACUACCACAUCUAGCCCAACUACCACAGCUAGCCCAACAACUACCACAUCUACCCCAACUACAACCACAUCUGGCCCAACUACAACCACAUCUACCCCAACUACAACCACAGCUAGCCCAACAACUACAACAUCUAGCACAACUACAACCACGUCUACCCAAACGAGAACCACAACUAGCCCAACGACUACAACAUCCAGCCCGAACUUCUACCCCAACUACAACCACAACUAG